UUCCCGCCGCCCCUGGGUUCAGGUUGCCUGAAUCACUUGGCGAAGGACCAGCAGGUGGGCCGAUGUCCGAGAGGCCGACGCGUAGGAAGGGCCAGAGCUUCCGAGCGAGCAGCCGAGGUCCCAUCUGCCGGCGGUCCCCGAGCGGCGCCGGCAGGGAAGGGGGGCGCUCCCGAGAAGGCGCGGCUGCUGACCGCAGAGCGGCUCGGGCACUCACCUGGGGCGUCGAGCGGGCACACCCCGGCCGCGGGGCCCUCCGCACAGCCAGCCCGGGGCCGCCGCCGCCCGCAGGAGUCGGAGGUGCCAGGGGAAACCACCACCACCACCACCACCACCCGUCCGCGUAGCGGGCUGCGGAGAUUUCGGCCCGUACACCUCCCCAAAAAGCAGCCGGACUCCCCGGGACCGCGCCGGGCUGCCAGGCGGACCCAAGCGCACCCCGUUCACAUUGUCGCCGGCGGAGCCGCGGGGGCCCUGAGCAGCACAGCCCGCUGCCUCUGAUCCCACCCCGCAGCCCGGCUGCGAGAAGCGGGAGGAGGAGCGGAGUGGGCGCCGGAGACCACCGGGAAAGAGGCGCCGCCGCGGCCGAGGCCCUCCCCACGCACGGCGCCCCGGACCCCUCGGCCGGCCAUGGCCGACGGCGGCGGCACGGGCAGCUCCGGCCCCUGGUGGAAAUCGCUCAUGAACAGCAGGAAGAAAAGCAAGGAGGCCUCGGUGGGGGUGCAGCCCCCCGCCCAGCCCGCCCCCGGGGAGCCCACGCCGCCCAGCCCGGACUGGACUAGCGGCUCCCGGGAGAACCAGCACCCCAACCUCCUGGCGAGCGCCGGCGAGCCCCACAAGCCGGAGAAGCUGUGCGCGGACAAACCCGCCAGCAGCCGCCGCAACCUGAAGAUCUCGCGCUCGGGGCGCUUUAAGGAGAAGAGGAAAGUGCGCGCCACGCUGCUCCCGGAGGGGGUCCGGUCCCUGGAGGAGGCGGACUUCCCUGGGGACCCCCAGGAGGACCAGCCGUAGCGGGGCGGACUGUCUCCCUUCCCCCCCACGGCUCCCCAACCCCCAGCCCCAAACCCGAGAACUCUGGCCUGCCUCUGAGCUCGGUGUCUCCAUCCCACCAAGUCAGAACAUCCACGCAAGGCCCCCCGCGAUUUCACGCUCCGGGAAAUGGAAAGUGUCCAUUGAGUUUUCCAUAGUUCGUGACUCAAGGCUGCGUUAAAUAUUUAUUUGUGGUGAGAGAAGAUGCCCGCCAACCCAGGAAGUUGGCCUGGUUAUUAUCUCCAAAAAGCCGUUCUGUGGCCUCCACCCUUGGGUCACCUGUGGGAGUGAGAGGGGUGCCAGCGCUCUAAGAGAGGGCAGCGCCCCUGGAAUGGGGCAGACCUCCCGCGGGGAGGCCGCGCCCUAAGGAAGAGCUUGCUGUUGGAGAGCCAUCAGGGCUGUGUUCAGUGCCUGAGAAAUGCACUUUAGAAGUUCUUCUGUAGACCGACACCGUAAGGAGAGCAGGAAAACCUUCUAAGGAGAAGCAUGUGAAGUAAGGCAAGGUUGCUUUUAACCUCGGCCUACAAAACUGUCCUGCCUGUUUCAGUACUAUUAAAACUGUUGCACAGUAAGACGCUAAGGUGACUUUUGUACUUUUUUUCCACUGCAAGACUGUAGCCCGUCAUCCUUCAAAGCA